AUGAGUGGUGAAUUAAGUUUGACUGCUAAUCCUGAAAAAUAUUCAAUUCAUUUUAAAUUAUUUAAAUGGUACAGCAAUGAAAGUGGAAAUUGGCUAAAUGCUUUAUUGAAAUGGAUGAUCUUAGCAAUAGAAGAGCAAAAAUGUGAUCCGGAACAGCAAUAUAUCGACAUUUGUAAAGGAGAAAUAGCGGGUGAAUAUUAUGAAAUUAUAACUUAUACGUUUAAUGAGCAUGUUGCCAAAGUUCGUAUGCUAUAUAAAAAGUUCCAAGGAAUAAAAGAAGAUGAAACUUUGCGGACACAGCUAUUAGAUGAAAUUUAUGAGAUGUUAGGUCCAAAUGAGGAGUCAAAUUUUUGUCGUGAAAAUAUAGGGAAGUUAUCAACUGAACAACGUUCUGUUUUAAGAAUAAUGAUGCAUCAAAGCAUUCAAGCCCAUGUUGCUUUCAUACGUACAACCAUUGGUAUGUCAGUUUUAAAUGCGAAAGCAUGCCACUGCAUUACUAACACCUAUUUUAUGGAACUAAAUGAUAAAUGGCACAAUGCUCUUAAAGAAAUUAGUGGUUUAAAAGCCGAAAAUAUUAGUGUUCUCAAGACACUCAAAAACAACGCUGACAAUCUUAAUUAUUUGAUAAAUCAAAAGUCAACUGAAAUUGAAUCGUUAGAGCAGAAAAAUAAGCAAUUAACUGAAAAAAUUGAUGAAUUAAAGAAUAAAUUAAUUGAAUCAGAUAAUAAAGCCUCUCAUUUACAGGCUGCCCUUGGAGAUGCGACAAAUGUCCGUUGGGGCGACGACACGCAGUAUAACUUUGAACAAAUUAGAAGAAAUAUUAUCAACUUACAGAACGAAGUCCAAGGAUUUACUGAUGUUGAUGAUACAGAUCAAAUAGAAUAUGGUGCGGAAAGGUUGUUUAAGCGGUACAAAAAUGACAACCCUAAUGAUAAAGAAAAAAAAUCAUUGUUAAGCACUAUUCUCCAGCGAUUUGUUCUUGAGAAUAUUUUUGAUGAAGCCAAAAACUUUUCUCAAUACUCACAAUAUCAUGAAUCUAAAAUAGUGUCAAGUACUGACGAACUGAUCAGACACAUGACUGAACUUCCCACAAAUAGUGAUAAAGAUCGCAUCUCUAAUGUAGCUCCAAUUAAAGUACGUCAACAAAGCUAUGCUGUAUUAGCAUCUCAAGGUUUCGCCAAACCUAACCAUCCUUAUAUAGAAGUACUUACCAAGUGGCUCAUUGACGAGAUGAAUAAAUAUCGUAGAGUAUCGGAUAAGACAAGAGAAGAAGAUUUAAGAUUAAAUGCAGCGGAUUUAAUCCGCUCUAUUUUCAAGCUUUGGUUCUGUUUAAUGGCGCAAGAGUCAAUGCCAGAAAUUAAAUGGUUUGAAUUCGGUGAUCAUAUAAAUUCUGAUAUGAUUAGUGGUUGUUAA